UUUCAUAAUUGCUUUGGUUCCGAUGAGUCGGUUAUCCGAGUUUAUGCCUUAUGAAUUAUGAUGGGUGCCUACCGUUGGGUUGUGUGGCUGAGUUGGGGCUGUGCUAUAUCUGGUUCUAGUGUCUACAACCCCAGAUUGUCAGCGAUUUCAGUGGCCAUUACACCAAGAUAAGACAUGAUAACUAGAUUAGGCCGUUCGGAAAAUGUCAGAGUAGUUAGUGUCGUGUCAAGACCAGAUAUAAUGCGGGGUAAUAUAUCCAUAUAUCCGCCUUACGCUGUUCGCUCACCGGCCAUAUCCCCCAUCCUCCCCAAUCCCCCAUCAAAACAGACCAUCAAAUUCAAAAUAAACAUCAGAUCUUCAAAAUGGCUACAUCCAAAUCGAUCCGCGUCGCUGUCACGCAACACGAACCCGAAUGGCUCGAUCUCGGGGCGACCGUGGCCAAAACCUGUCAGCUGAUUCAAGAGGCUGCCAACCAUGGCGCCCAGCUGAUUACCUUUCCUGAAUGCUGGAUUCCGGGAUAUCCAGCGUGGAUUUGGGCUCGGCCGGUAGAUAUGGAGUUGGCGAGACUGUAUAUCAAAAGCUCCCUCUCCUACGACUCGGACGAGAUACGGCAAAUCUGCACCGCAGCAGCACAGAAUAACAUCGCCGUUUCGCUCGGAUUCUCCGAGAAUGACGGCAACUCUGUCUACAUCGCACAGUGUACCAUCGAUAACGCAGGGGAGAUCGUGAUGCGGCGGAGAAAGUUAAAGCCUACACACAUGGAGCGGACGAUCUUCGGGGAUGCAUCGGGCGGCAGUCUGCUGAAUGUGACUGCGCUUGAUGGGAUUGGAAAUGUCGGGGCGCUCUCGUGCUGGGAACAUAUUCAGCCGUUGCUGAAAUAUAACACGAUGCGACAGCGAGAGGAGUUUCAUAUCGCUGCUUGGCCGCCUUUGCAUCCUCAUCCUGGGGGUGAGGCGCUGUGGGGGAUGUCAAGCGAGGGGUGUCUGAGUUUAUCGCAGACGUAUGCGGUUGAGUCGGGGACGUUCGUGUUCCAUACGACUGCUGUGAUGAGAGAAAAGGGGAUUGAGAAGAUGAAGAUAGACGGGGGGAUGUUUGGCGUUGCUGGGGGAGGGUGUUCUGCUAUCAUCGGGCCGGAUGGACGACGGCUGUCCGAGGUGUUACCACCGACUGAAGAGGGAAUUAUUUAUGCUGAUCUGGACCUGGAUAUGUUGCUGUCGAGCCGUCACUUUGUCGAUGCUGUUGGCCACUAUAGUAGACCGGAUAUGUUGUGGUUGGGAGUGGACGUGACCGAGAAGCGACACUGGCGGGAGGAUGAGAGGAAGCCGUAGUUGUAGAUGUAUAUCUGUUACUUGCUAUGUAUUUCGUAGUCGUUAACAUGAAACAUUUCCCUUUUUGGUGCGGAGUUGAAGUGAUCAACAUGAAGCGUUGUAGAACGUCCGAAUCCGUCACGGAGAUGCCCUCCGCCAAUGUAGUUAUAUAUAUUCACUCAUCCUGGUAGCUUAUUUUUCCAACACAACCAACACAACAGACACAACCAAACAGUCAACAAACGAUCAGUACGCAACCAUGAAGCUUCUCUCCAUCCUCUCGUUCGCAGCACUGGCUGCUGCCCUUCCGAAAGCUUCCACUGCCUCUUCUUCCUCUAUUUCUGGUUCUACCUCGUCUGUUCCUGCGCCGUCUCCCUCUGGUUCUGCCUCGGCCUCCUUCG